CAGCAGCAGUGAUUUAGUGGGUGGAGCAGCUUCAGCAGCCCCCAGUGGCUGGAGCGACUGAUCCUUCCCUGCGCCCGGGGGAGGGGAGGCUUUGUCCGGAUACGUGGUGGAAGUUGAGGCGGUCCUAGAGACCCACGCACACCGACGGCUUGCGCGAACCCCAGCCAACCGCCUCCACCAUCAACCAGACUCAAAAAUGGCACCCUCCGCGUCUUCGCAACUCUUCUCUGCGCUGGUACUCGCAGUUUUCAUCUCCGCCGUGGACUCUCAGUAUGAAAAAUACAGCUUCAGGAGUUUCCCCAGGCACGAGCUGAUGCCGCUGGAGUCCGCGUACAAAUACGCACUGGAUCAAUACACCGGGGAGAAGUGGCAGGAGACGGUGGAGUACAUGGAGGUGUCUCUGAGGCUCUACCGGCUGCUGCGUGACAGCGAGGCCUUCUGCAACCUCAACUGCAGCUCCGUCAGGCUGGACGACGAGGAGAAGUUUGCGGAGUUUCCAGAGCUGCGUGCGUUUGGGAAUGUUAUGAAGAGGGCGCAGUGCCUGAAGCGCUGCAAACAGGGGCUGCCCGCUUUCAGGCAGACCAUGCCCAGCCGGGACACUAUAGAUGAGUUUGAGCGGAGGGAGCCGUACAAAUAUCUUCAGUAUGCCUAUUUCAAAUCGGACAGGCUGGCCAAGGCGGUGUCCGCCGCUCACACCUUCCUGCUGAAACACCCCGAUGAUGAGAUGAUGCAGAAGAACAUGGCCUACUACAAGAGUCUGCCCGGAGCCGACGAACACUUCAAAGACCUGGAGACCAAAUCCUACGAGACCCUGUUUGUGCGUUCAGUGAGGGCAUAUAAUGGAGAAAACUUCCGUACGUCGGUGUCAGACAUGGAGCUGGCGCUGAGGGACUUCUUCAAGGUCUACGACGAGUGUCUGGCUGCGUCUGAGGGUCCGAGGGACGUCAAGGAAUUUAAAGACUUCUACCCCUCCAUAGCUGAUCACUACAUAGAAGUCCUCGAGAGGAAGGUGAGGUGUGAAAGCGACCUGACGCCCGUUGUCGGGGGUUUUGUCGUUGAGAAGUUCGUGGCCACCAUGUACCACUACCUGCAGUUUGCCUAUUACAAAUUGAAUGACCUGAAGAACGCGGUGCCGUGUGCAGUCAGCUACUUGCUGUUCGACCCCAGCGAUGAAGUCAUGAAGAACAACGUGGCCUAUUACAAGUUCCACAAAAGCCAGUGGGACCUGACAGAAGAGGACUUCCUCCCCAGAUCAGAAGCAGUGCGGCACUACAACCAGACCACCAUGCAGAUACAGAUGCUGGAGUUCUCCAAACAGAAUCUGGCGAGCAAUGAUGAGGGGGAGGUGAUGGAGUUUAUAGAUGAGUUCCUGGACGAGGACAAUUAACCAAACGCCACCGAAACACUGAAAAAAACAAACAGAACGCUCCCGCAUUUUAUAUUUAUCAUGUUUUUAAGAGUCUCUGAUUGAUCACUGUGUUUUUACCUCUAGGGCCAGCCUUAUUAUGUUUAUAACUUUUCGUGCACUCCGCAUCCAGCUACGUGGACUCACAGCACAGUGGCUAAAUGACUUAAAGGCAACGAUAACAAGUACUGAAAUGUUUUUACUCACUGUUUUAUAAAUUCAUUCCUCCACUGUGAAUCAUCUGUGUUGUUUUCGUCUGAAUUUUUGACAAUAAAAUGACUUUCCAACAA